UUCCGUAUCUGCAGUCUGGUAUGGCAAGCAACUCAUGGUUUUUGCUCGCUCGAUCAGUACUUCUUCAAGGCUGUAUUGGUGUAAAGGCACUUCAACCAGCUGUACUUGGGGUCUUGUCGCUGGAACUGCGCUCAUUGGAACAGAUGCUACACUGAUCAAGAAUCCUUUCACGGCGAAAUAUGAAGGAUUCGUGAUAUCUCCUAAAGGGAAGAUGUACCGGACAUGGCAGCAUGCCAGUGGCAACAGCUUUAAAGCCUGGAAAGCAAUGGCUUCUUCACCUACCUUCUCAGUUGUCUCCAGACCUGUCGCUCAAGUAAUGGGCUACAGUAUUUAUAACGGCAAGAUCAUGAUAGGGGGAAUCGGAGUGGAUAACUACGUGCACAGGUGCGCCCAGGCUGCCUGUGAUACAGUGGACAAUCCUUGGAGUUACUGCACGUGGGGAGACUGGCAUCAGACUGGGGGGAAGAUUCCAUUUGACGAUGGUGGGAUGCAAAACAACUUGGUCAUGAGCAGGAAUGUACACUUUGGGGUUGAGAUCUUUGCAGUCCAAGAAACGAGUGGGCAAUUAUGGCAAACUUGGCAGCCCGGGAGAGAUACGUCUUGGAACGUCUGGAGAAAGAUUCCACAAAACCUGACGGGGGCAGCGUUCAUCAAUAACCCUUACCUCCGUCUCAACGAAGCUGGAUGGUGGAUAGCAUAUGGUCUCAAUUACAAAAACCAGGUUGUUCCGGUUGAGGCUUUACAUUCCAUGGACAUCAGUCCAAAGAAGGUAGCCUGGUCCAAUAACCUGGUCGUGUCCUGGUCUAUCUCUAUCGACCAGGCUUCAAAAAUGGACUGGAUCGGUGUCUACCCCAAGGGAGGAAACAACGAUCAGUACCUAGACUACAGGUAUGUCCAGGGUGGCUUGAAUCCUGGAAAGAACCCCGUAUACAUAGGAAAGGUGUCUAUGUCCUCCUUCGUUCCCAACGGGACUUAUCAGGUUCGCUACCUGAUGAACAGUCAAUUCAUCAGCGUUAUGGAAAUGGGUACGUUGAAGAUGUGA